AUGGCCACCGAGCGGCGCCCGCUCUGUCCGCGGCUCGUGGACUACCUGGUGCUGGUGGGCACGCGCGCGCCGUCGCGCACCUCGGCCGUCCAGACGCCCGAGCUGCUGCGUCGCUACCCGCCCGAGGAGCACGCCGACUUCGCGCUGCCGCUGGACGUGGUCUGCUUCUGCCAGCCGGAGGGCUGCGUCUCGGUCGGCCCCAAGAAGACGGUGCUGCGCGAGGCGGCCAGCUUCGUGUUCUCCCUCACCGACAAGGACUCAGGUAAAACUCGCUAUGGUGUAUGCAUCAACUUUUACCGACCCGUGGAGCGUCAAAGCGCAGUCCGAAGAACAGAGCGGGCUUCCAACAGCAAGAGGGACGCGUGGAGGACGAGCCUCAACCGCAGUCACGGACUCGGCAGUUCUCAAGUGGAAGCCGGCAGGUCACCUCUCGACCCCCACGUGACCUGCAAGGCCAUGGCGCGGGCGCACGGUUGGCACGGCGAUCCUACCGUUCGUGAAGAGCUGGAGCGACUGCUGGACCGGUUCCUCAGCAACACCACUGUGCACGGUCUGCCGCGCGUGCGAGCCGACAGCUGGUGGAUGCGGCUGCUGUGGACACUGCUCACGACCCUCUCCGGCUUGGCCGUGGUCCUGGGCGUCUGGAACAUGACGCUCGAAGCGCUGGUUGAGCGGCGCGUCACCUCCAACGUCCGCCUGAAGACGCCGGCCGGCCUGCCGCUGCCGGUGGUGACCGUCUGCGACAGCGGGUUCUUCAGCAGCGCCGCCGCCGAGCGGCUUAACGUCUCCGCGGACAUGGCCGGCUUCAUCUCCAACGCCGUCAACGGCGCCUUGUUUUCACACGGGCUGGGUCAGAGUGACAUCGUCAGCCUUCAGGCGAUGGAUGAGCAGCUGCAGGAGCUGCUCUCGCGUACCGGCAUGGGCGUCGGAGAGCUCUUUGACGAGCUCUCGCUCCCCUGCGAGCGGCUUGUAUCCGCCUGUGGCGUUAGUGCGGCCAGGAGUCUGAACAGCUCGGAGUGCUGCAGCAGCUUCCUGCGGCCCGUCCACACGCUGCUGGGUCGCUGCUGGAGCACCUACGGCAUCAACAUCCAGCAGAAGGUCCCUGGCUUUCGCUUCGGCUUGUGGCUGGAGCUUGCGCCUCGCCGGGACCGGGCUGAGAUGAGCGGGAUUGGCUUGUUCACCUCCUACGCGGGCAGCGACAGCGUCCAGGUGGCGGUCAGCAACCACUACACGCCGCCCAACAUGGUGACGGUGGAAGACGCCGUGGCCGUGACGGCCGGCGAGACAGCGCGCCUGCAGGUCUGGAAGGAGGAGCACGACAGCACGGCCACGCUCACCUGCCGCACGGACCUGGUCGGCCAGCUCAAGACCACCGUGACCGAGGGCCUCCUGCCGUGCCCAGAGCCGUGCGUGACCGACACCGUCCGCGUCACAGACACCUAUCAGCGGGGCAGGAGCCUGCCGCCGGCAGCGAACGACACCGGCAGCGCCGUCUACGUGUUCUACUCCACGCGCAGCUUCAGCUGCGUCACGGCGAUGGUGCCCAGUCUGCUGGAUUGGGCCAAGGGGGUGGGCGGCCUGGCCGGCCUCUUCCUCGGCAUGAGCCUGAUCAGCUUCUCCGAGCUGCUGGGACAGUGGGUGUGUUGGCGCAUCAUGCCGCUGCCGAACUGUAUUGAGCGUCGACUCGACUCGUGCGUCGCGCACGGCUGCAAGAAGCUGUCACUGCGUGACCAGCGGUCGACGGUGGCGCCGUCCGACUCGGACCGGGACUGCUCGAGCCGCCGGAACAGCGAGACUUCCGGUCCGUCGGCGGCCGCCUCCCAUCUGGGUGUGGCCGGCGCUGGGGGCCGGCUGCCGCCGCCCGCCUCCCCGCGAGCGCACCGCAGGCGCCCGCGCAACAAGCACCACACGCUAACCUCGCUCUGCAUCAUCUCGCACCACCCAUUCUUCACGUCGUUCAGAGAGUGCCUUUACCUGCUGCGCAAGCUCAUCGACGCUUGCAAUGAAAACGCCUCCCCCAAACGGGUUGGUGCAUCACGCUCCAAUCAGAGGGAGUCGGUGUGGUCGGUGCUGACAGGCCGCGGGCUGGACGCGCUGCCGGCCAUCCUCCUGCAUGACGUGCGUGAGAUCGAGACCUGGAUUCUACGCCUGCUCUCGGCGCCCGUGCCCGUGCCGGGCAAGACCCGCGUAGAGGUGGAGCUGUUGUCAUCCGACCUGCACCCGCCGCUGCUGUUCGCGCUGCCGGACCACACGCGCUUCUCGCUGGUCGACUUCCCGCUGCACCUGCCGCUGGAGCUGCUCGGCGUGGACACCUGCCUGCAGGUUCUGUCGCUCAUCAUACUGGAGUACAAGCUGGUGAUCCAGUCCCGCGACUACAACGCGCUGACCAUGUCGGUGAUGGCUUUCGUGGCGCUCAUCUACCCGCUGGAAUACAUGUUCCCCGUGAUCCCGAUGCUGCCCACCUGCAUGAGCUGCGCCGAGCAGCUGCUGCUCGCGCCCACCCCCUACAUCAUCGGCGUGCCGGCCAGCUUCCUGCUCUACAAGCGGCACUUCAGACUGCCGGAUGACGUGUGGCUGGUGGACCUGGACAGCAACCGGGUGGUGGCGCCCGCCGAGCACGAGCCGCUGCCGCCGCUGCCGGAGGCGGAGAGGGCCGUCCUCUCCACCCACCUCCGCCAGGCGCUGAGCAGUAUGGCGGUGAUGCCGCCAGCCGCCUGGCACGCCGCCCGGCCGCCCUCGGAGACGCCCCGCCGCUCUUCUCCCGUCUCCGCCGGCUUCAACCCGCUCAUCUACGGCAACGAUGUCGACAGCGUGGACGUGGCAACCCGCGUCGCCAUGAUCCGGUUCUUCAACUCGCAGAACUUGUUGGCUAACUUUACGGAGCACACGAGGACGCUCCGCCUGUACCCGAGGCCGGUGGUGGCCUUCCAGAUCAACUCAUUUCUGCGUUCCCGUCCAAGCACCACACCUUUUCUCAGCCGUCUGGCACGCACACAGGCGGUGGAGUACCUGGCCGAGUGGGCCUUGUCACCGACCAACGCCGCCUUCCAGCGCGUGCAGACUGGAGUCUACGACCCCGUUCUGAUCGGCGACAAGCCCAAGUGGUACGCGCAGCAGCUGGAGCCGGUGCGGUUCGCCGUGUGGCGAACGGCCAGCGGCCUUGGCGGGGCGCUGCGCGCAGCCGACCACGCCCACUGCCUGGCCACCGACGAGUCGGGCAGCGACUCGGACGGCGCGCCCUCCUCAGCCAGCUCGUGCUCGUCGCUGAGUGACUUCGUCUCGGAGAUGCAGCUGUCUGACCUCUCGCCAGCGGUGCAGGACCCGCCUCCCGGCGGCCUCCUCAGCGGUAUCGACACCAGCGCCGUCUACUGCCCGCCGUCCUCGCUACUCGUGCCGGCCGCCUCCUCCUCGUCUGACUCGGCCCACCACUCGACCGCCACGUCGUCCACGCACUCGUCGCUCUCGGAGGGCGGCGAGACGCGCGGCGCCUCCUCCGACGCCGAUGAGCAGGCCGUCUUCCCCCUGCAGCUGGACGCCAUGGACCGACUGGACUCACUCUCCAUAGACUCGGACACGGCGUCGGUGGCCACCUCGCCGCGCACAGUUGUCUCGACGCGCCGCCAGAGUCCGACACUGUCGCUGUCGUCGGGCGCCAGCUCCACCACGCUCAGCUCCGAGCCCGCCGGCCGUCUUCCGCGCCUCGCCAACAGGCCGUUGGCGGGUCAAAUUAAGAGUCAAGUCGCAGAUACAAUCGACGUAAUGAAGCAGUCAAGUGAAGACGAAGGCAUAUUUGGGCGUGUCGACAAAGCGCGGCGGGAGGCGCUGCAGUCGGUCCAGCGGGCGCGUCAGCGGACCCGCUCGGCGCGCACGGCCAACAAGGCGCGGCUGGGUGAGCCGGGCGGUGGCGGCGGCGGCGGCCGGCUGAGCCCCGCGCCUCGACGGCUGGUAUCGGACGGUCUGGACGGCGGCCUCGUGCGCCACGACACGCUCGGCGCCGGCGCGGAGGAGGCGCCGGUGCCGCGGCACCAUCACCCGCUCAGCGGGGUCGGCAGCGGGCUGAACGGCAUCGCCGAGCAGACGUCCAACCUGCUCAGCGAUAUACUGGGUGAGUGCGUCGGGUCCGGGGUUCAGUCGCGACGCGGUUCGCAGGGAUUGCGCCGCAUGGGCCCGCCGCCGGCCCGCAACAUCCGCCAGCAGACGGCCGACUACGAGCAGCGCAACAGCACCACCGCCGACAGCCAGGCAUUCCUCAAGGAGGUGGUGCACCAGGUGCGCGAGGGCCAGAGCGUGGGCUGGCUGCGGCUGAACCGCGUCCGCAAGCUGAUGGAGGACGAGAGCUACCGCAACCUGGUGCUGUCGCGCCUCAACCAGACGCUCGACAAGAAGACCGGGCCGGGUGACCACAUCGAGGACGUGUGCGUGCCGCGCGCCGUCUGGCGGGGCAUGCUGCGGCUCCUGCAGGCCGUCGUCAGCGGCCUGGAGCACACCUUCAGAGAGCGCGGACUCGGAGGCAUGGCGUCCGCCUACCAGGUGCUCGAGAUCGCGCACACGCACUGCUGGAGCCGCGCGCUGCAGGACGCCGGCGCGCCUGCCGCUGGCGGGCUCUCGGCUUCCUCCAGCCCGUUCGGCAGCGGCGAGAACCUGCGCUCGCCCGGCUCGCCGCUGGAGUCGCCGCAGCGCGCCGCCCGGCCGCCGCAGCUGGACGCCACGCCGGACGUGUCCCGCAAGUCGUCUUCGGGGUCCGUUUUCAGCGACAGCGGCCGCGGCUUGGUGCACGACUCGCUGCUCGGCGCGGAGCCGGAGCCGUCGACGGCCGCCGCGCUGCGCCACCUGCUCGUGCAGAAGCGUCAGCUGCUGCUCGGCCGCCUGGCGCCAGAGGCGGAGGCGUCGGCGGAUGGCGCGCCCCGCGACGGCGGCGGCGGCCUGCGCGCCCGACUGGAGCGCGGCGGCCGGCCGGCCAUCAGCGACUCAGAGCUGGAUGGCGAGCCGCCGCCGCGCAGCCGCGCCGCCAGCGUCUGGUCGCGGAAGUCGUCACUCAGCACCGGCUUCCGCUACCACGCUGGCAGCAUCAUCAGCACGCCGUCCCCCGACGGCGCCGGCAGGACGUACCUCUUCCAAGGUUUGAUGCACAAGGGGCGAUCGACGCUUUGGGACCAGAUGUCGUUCUGGGAGGACGCCUUUCUGGACGCGGUCGCGCAGGAGCGUGACAUGGUCGGCAUGGACCAGGGCCCCGGUGAAAUGAUGGAAAGAUACAACACCCUGUCCAGCACCGAACGGAAACGUCUGGAGCAGGUUGAGGAUCGCCUGCUGUCCACCAUGCUGUACAACACGACAGCCUUCAUGGUCAUGCUGGAGGUCGACAAGGAGGAGAUGAAGCGGAAGGUUCGCCGGCUGCUCGGCAAGAGUCACAUCGGUCUCGUCUACAGUCAAGAGGUCAACGAGCUGCUGGAUCAGGUUGGCCAUCUGCACGGUAAUGACAUCGACCUGCGGCCGCUGGGAUCCCGUCAGAUGCACCGGCAGAGCUUCACAGUGCACUGUGGCACCGACGCAUCAGGCGAGGUGGUGUUCCUCGAGGUGCGGGACGAUGGCCUCGUGCUGCGAAGCGCGGCGGGCGUCAUCGUCGAGCGCUGGUGGUUCGAGCGGCUGGUCAACAUGACGUACUCGCCCAAGAGCAGGAUCCUCUGUCUGUGGCGGCGCAGCGGGGGCAAGACGCAACUGCACAAGUAUUACACUAGAAAGUGCAAGGACCUGUACCACUGCGUGAAGCAGGCGAUGGCGCGGGCGGCGUCACGCGGCGGCGGCGUCACGCGCGGCCUCGAGCUGGGCGGCGAGUUCCCCGUGCAGGACCUGGCCACCGGCGAGGGUGGCCUCCUUCAGGUCUGCAUGGAGGGCGUCGGUCUGCUCUUCGCCACGUCCAAGCUCUUCGUGCGUCUGGACCACAUUCGGAAGUGUUUCACUCAGAAAGGAGGCAUCUUUGUUCUAGAAGAAUUCAAUCCGAAAACUCGGCGGAUCCUGCAGCGGAAAUAUCACUCGGCCAUGGCCGACCAGAUCUGCUACUCAGUGCUGUGCGUGUUUUCCUACGUCGCCGCUGGCUCCGAGCGCAAGAUUCCGCUGCAGCAGCGGGUUCACUCCGCCUGAGACGUCCGACGGUCUGCGGGCUGGGGCACGCGUCACAGUCACAGCAUCAGCUGACCUUCCCCCAGUCGCGAGGCGUGCUCGGCACCUCCGCUGCACCUCCAGCUUGGCCGGCUGCCCGGCCCGGAGGGAGCGGUGGCAGGCUUUGCGACAGACGGCCGGGCACCACAGGGGACCCGGGCCACCCCGGCGGGCACCGCGAGGGACCCGGGCCACCCCGGCGCUAUGCUCGCGGCCUCGCGUGGCGGGUGGAUGGUUAGGUGACGACAGUCGGACGUAGGCGUAGGGUAGGCCUGGCGGCUCGAUUGCUCACUGCCGGCUCGUCAUAACCAGCGAUGUGCUGACCGCCUUGGCCUCGGGCACCUUCAUGCGGUUCGUCCAGGCCUACGGUGCCUAGCAGUCUUUGCCUGCCAUUGCCUGAGGGCCUUGCCACGACCCGUACUAGGUGAGAACAUUCUAACGUCCCACUGCUGCAUCGGGAGGAAGGAGGCAGCGUUGGCUUGUGAUGCACAAUUCGACCCACGGUUGGCUAUCUCCGUCAAGUUGUACCGCAGAUCGCGGUUCAACUGAACAUCGGCUGUGUGCGUAUGUCCGUAUGUGCGUGGUUGUGCGUGCGAGUAGGAACUCUGUGCCAGACUACGGUGAUUCCAGAUCGCUAGUGCCUCAUCGGCAGAUAUGGUCUUUUGGAGGCUGCUGGGGCCGGAAGCUUCGAUAUCGAUAUUUG